AACAAGGGAUGAAUAAUGAAAAAAGAAAAACAAAGGAUGAGUAAUGAAUCAUACACAAAAAUACAAGAGUAGCAUACGUUGACACUGACACAACAAGGUGAUUGGUCUGUUGAUAUAUAUGGAUGAGAAUAAAAAAACAUAAAUUGUGAAGGUGUUGGCUGUAAGCUGUCCAUCCAUAUUCUUAUAGUGACAGACAGGACAUGAGAUGGCAAAAGGUAACAAAUCAUCUUAAUGGCAUAACCACUUUUGAAUAGCCUCUCCCACAUCGCAGCUUGGUUUUAUAUAUACACUGAAUAAUGCCAUUGCCCAAAACUAUCAAGGAAGAAUGGACUUUAAGAUUAUCACUUCCAGACAGGAUGAUGAAGAUGAUGAGGAACAUCUCACUCAUCAUGGUUCAUUACAGGGUGGGAAGUCUAGUAUUGUUGCUGAAGCACUGGAAAGAAGAAAUAAACACUGGAUUGUUAAGACAAAAGUUCCCAGUGAUUUGAUUGUGCAGGUUGGAGAUUAUAGCUUUCACUUACACAAGCUUGCUAUUGUCUCGAAAAGUGGUUAUCUGAAUAGACUUAUAUUUGCAAAAAGAAGUGAGGGAGAGAAUGGAGGCAGCCUCAAGAUUGUGCUGGAUGAUCUUCCAGGAGGAACCAAGAGUUUUGAAUCAGUUGUCAAGUUCUGCUAUGGAUGGAAGAUACAUGUGACAGCUACCAACGUUGCUCCACUCAAUUGUGCUGCAAAUUUCUUGGAAAUGAGUGACGAUCUUCAAGAAGGAAAUCUCAUUUCAAAAACAGAUGCAUUUAUGAAUUUUGCAAUUUUAUCAUCCUGGAAAGACACUUUUCAGGUACUCAAAAGCUGUGAAUCUGUAUCACCUUGGGCGAAAGAGUUACUGAUUGUGAAGCGUUGCUCAGAUGCCAUUGCCUGGAAGGCCUCAAUUGACCCAAAAGCUUUUACUUUCGGACAAGAUCAUAGCAAUGAAAACUUGAAAGCUGGAGAAUCAGCUGACAAUUGGUGGUUUCAUGAUGUUUCAACCCUUCGAAUAGAUCAUUUUAUCGAGGUGAUUGAGUCGAUUAAAAGACAAGGGAUGAAAUCAGAGCUUGUUGGAUCAUGUAUAGCUCACUGGACUGCAAAAUGGUUUUCAAGAAUCACAUUCGGAUUCGAUAACCUAACAGUAUCCAAGCAUCUGACUCAAAAACUACAAAGAAUUACAAUUGAAAGUAUAAUUAAAAUACUUCCCAUGGAGAAAGAUUCAGUUUCAUGCAACUUUCUACUUCACCUUCUCAAGUUGGGAUUAAUAAUGCAUAUUGAUUCUCAAGUAUUGAGCAAGCUGGAAAGAAGAAUAGCUUCCAUGUUGGAGCAAUGUUCGGUUCAAGAUCUUUUGGUUAAGAAUUAUGGAGAUGAUCAGGAUACUAUACAUGAUGUUGGAAUUGUGAUUAGGGUGGUUAAAACUUACGUUUUCUUUGGCCUCAGAAAUUCUGGGACAAGACUAUCCAUUGUUGGAAGAUUGGUGGAUGGUUAUCUUACUCUAAUUGCAAGGGAUAUCAACCUUCAAGUUAAUGAUUUCAAAUCACUUGUAGAUGCAUUACCAACAAAUGCUCGAUCCUGUGAUGACAACCUUUAUAGAGCCAUAGACAUGUACCUCAAGGCACACCCAAAUCUAACAGAGGAAGAAAGAACAAGUGUAUGCAGAGCAAUGGUAUAUCAUAGAUUAUCACAAGAUGCACGGCAGCAUGCAACGAAGAAUGAUCGAUUGCCCAUGAAAAUUGUAACAGAGUUCAUGCUUCUUGAGCAAGUAAAAAUGGCUAGAGCAAUGUCAGUUAUCGAGUCCCAUAAUCAAAGGACAAUGACUAAGACAACAAUAAAAGUAAAUAGAGGUUUAGAUAGGGAAAGCGAAACACCUCAAAAGGAGAUCAAGAUGAUAAGAAAAGAGGUGGAGAAUAUGAAGAUGCAACUCAAUCAUUUGCAAAUGUGCAAAAUAAAGCUUCAAAAACAAGUUCAAAGAUCAUGCAUCAAGUAGAUGAUUGAGCUUAUUGCUUUUGAUAAUUAAACUACUUUUAU